CCGCAGCUCUAACGUACAUCUCUAAAAUAUCAGGGCUUCUAGUCUCCAGCCUCAUCGUCUUUUCUUUCUUUCAGAUCUCGCUUAAACUGUUCACACCCUUUUCUUUUAGCACAACUUUUCCUCCCUUAACAUCAUCUCUCUUCAAAAAUGUCCACAACACAGCCCCAAUCACACCCUUUCCCUACCUACCUCCUCUUCAAAGCCCUCGCUACUAUCCUCCGCACCAUCUACGUCCUCUUCCUCGCCUAUCCCACCCCAGAACCAAUCUCCACCCUCUCCAUUCCCUCCCGGGCCUCCAAACGCACCAUCAAAGUCCACGUCUACGCCCCUCCCUCUCCCAAACCCACUAAACUUCCCGCCCCCGCCCUUCUCAACUUCCACGGCUCCGGCUACGUCAUCAACAUGCACGGUUCCGACGCCCCCUUCUGCCGCCAAAUCGCCGCCUCAACCAAUCUCACCGUCCUCGACUGCGACUACCGCAAAGCGCCGGAGGACCCCUUCCCCGCAGCGCUCGAAGACGUCGAGGACGCGCUCCGGUACGUGCUCAGUCGACCAGACGAGUACGACGCCAGCCAGAUCCACCUCUCCGGCUUCAGCGCGGGCGGGAAUCUCGCGCUAGCGGUCUGCGGCGCACCUCUCGGAGACCUGGGGACCGGGUUGAUCGCGGAGAAGGUGAAGAAAGUGGUGGUGCUCUACCCGCCGGCGGAUCUAGUGACGAGUCCGGCGGCGAAACGGGCGCCGGAUGGGAGUGCCGGGACGCUGCCCGUCCCGAUCGCUAAGCUCUUCAACGCGUGCUAUGUUGCCCCGGGGCAGGCGGUGGGGGAUUCAAGGAUCUCGAUUAGGAACAUGGCGCCGGAGGCUUUUCCUAGGGAGGUGCUGGUAGUGACGUGUGGGAAGGAUGAUCUGGCGUUUGAGGCGGAGGAGUUGGCAAGUCGGAUGGCGGAGAGGGAGGGGGCUAGGGUGGAGUGGAAGAGGGUGGAGGGGGUGGAUCAUGGGUGGGACAAAAGCUGUAAGAAGGGGAGUGAGGAUGAGAGGAAGAGGGAGAUGGCGUAUGAAUGGGCGGUGCAGUUUUUGGGGGAGGUGUAG